CUACUUAAGGAGAAAAACAAACUGCUCGAGAAAAACAAACAAAUAAAUCAAGAAAAACGUGAAAUGUAUCAAGAGAAAUGCAAAUUACAACAAGAGAAGGAUUUGCUAGAAAAGAAAAACAAAGAACUGGAAGACAGAGUCAUGGGGAAAGAAAAUCAGAUAUCAGAACUUCAGAAAAGGAUAAAUUCAGUCAGAAAUGUUUUUUCAGAGAGAGAUCAAUGUCUUAUAAAGGAACACCAGUAUCUUAACCAAAGCCACCAGCUACUUAAGGAGAAAAACAAACUGCUCGAGAAAAACAAACAAAUAAAUCGAGAAAAACGUGAAAUGUAUCAAGAGAAAUGCAAAUUACAACAAGAGAAGGAUUUGCUAGAAAAGAAAAACAAAGAACUGGAAGACAGAGUCAUGGGGAAAGAAAAUCAGAUAUCAGAACUUCAGAAAAGGAUAAAUUCAGUCAGAAAUGUUUUUUCAGAGAGAGAUCAAUGUCUUAUAAAGGAACACCAGUAUCUUAACCAAAGCCACCAGCUACUUAAGGAGAAAAACAAACUGCUCGAGAAAAACAAACAAAUAAAUCAAGAAAAAUGUGAAAUGUAUCAAGAGAAAUGCAAAUUACAACAAGAGAAGGAUUUGCUAGAAAAGAAAAACAAAGAACUGGAAGACAGAGUCAUGGAGAAAGAAAAUCAGAUAUCAGAACUUCAGAAAAGGAUAAAUUCAGUCAGAAAUGUUUUUUCAGAGAGAGAUCAAUGUCUUAUAAAGGAACACCAGUAUCUUAACCAAAGCCACCAGCUACUUAAGGAGAAAAACAAACUGCUCGAGAAAAACAAACAAAUAAAUCAAGAAAAAUGUGAAAUGUAUCAAGAGAAAUGCAAAUUACAACAAGAGAAGGAUUUGCUAGAAAAGAAAAACAAAGAACUGGAAGACAGAGUCAUGGAGAAAGAAAAUCAGAUAUCAGAACUUCAGAAAAGGAUAAAUUCAGUGGAGCUAAAUAGCUUAGAGUGUCCCCUGGGAUGGCAGAGGUUUAUGUCAAGUUGCUACCAGCUUUCUACUGAAACAAAUACCUGGAAAUAUGCCAAACAAAACUGUGAAAGCAAAGGAGCUCGACUAAUGAUUUUGAAUGAUGAGACGGAACAGAGACCUUUCAUUGGAGGAGUGGUAAAGAUCUGGAUUGGCCUGUACGGUGAAACAGAGAAUAAUACCUCAAUUUGGUACCUGAAGGGGGUAGAUGGAAGACUGCUGAAAUAUGGUGGAUCAAACACCCCGAAACCUCAGUUUUGGACUGGUCUCGUCCAAAGUUGUGUUUACAUUGAUCAGAGACUUCCAUGCAUGAGCCCUUGGUCGAUGGGCACCUGUAUAGAAAAAUUCUAUUGGAUCUGUGAAAAAGAGAUGAACACCAGUGGCUUUCGACUCCACUGAAGACGUGAAUAUCUGAGAAGAAAUCUUCAUUUAAGUCUAUCUAUUUUGAUGAUUUUGAUUCAUUGGUUAUUUUUAUAUAACUGGAAAUGAAUUUGAUCUGUUUUUCUUGUAAAGUGCAGUAGAAUGAGGAUUUAUUGUUAAAUAGUGCCAUAAAACAUAUUGAAUUGAACUGAAUUAAAGAACAAGUAUUUAUAUAAUUGGCCCUUUAUAAUGGACAAAAAAGGUAAUGUGUGAACUCAAGAAUUUACCCAAUUAGAUGUUUCCAGCUUUUAUUUCUGAAUAAUAGUUAAUCAUUAUUACUGGCUCACAGUCAAACCAGUACAUGAACUCACUCAUGUCCCCAAUGGGUGGGUGUAACUAUAUGACUUUUUUUUUUUUGCUUAAGACAGUUAAAAUAAAAAACUAUAGCACCUGAUGUUCAUCUGAUUGCAUGCAUGUUCUUACUGGUACAAACAGAGUGGCCCAUUGUCUUAAGAGAACAAUAGAUGCAUAAAAGGUCCAUCUAAUGACCUGUCUGUGAAAUGUGUUGAUUACGGUUGUUUAAUCAUUGUGGAAGACUUUAACAUCCAUGUUGACAACCCUCAAGACAAACGGACAAAAUAACUAAGUCAUACACUUAAAAACUUUGGUUAACAUGUUAAACAGCCAACACACAGUGGACAUAUUUUGGACUUAAUCAUCAGUAAGGACCUGAACAUUUCCAAGAUCUUCAAAAGCACCAUUUCCAUUGACUCAAUUAGCCAGAAACAUAAGAGAAAUUAUGAAAACACUUUUUUAAGCACUGUGCAACUGAAACCUUUAACCAAGUUUGCUCUUCCACUUCGUCCUGUAACUCAGUAAUUGAGCUGGUAGAAAAGUCCCAUUCUAUAGUUUCAGACAUUAAUUCCAUUGCUCCCAUUAAGGCGAUGGUUGUCUCUGGUAAGAAGAAAUAUCCAUGGAGAAAUGCUCUACCAGUAAGAAGUGAAAAAAGGGAGUGUCGAAAUGCCGAAAGACUGGACACCAGGUUCACUAUGACAUCUAUAAAGAGAACGUUCACAGAUGUAGCUUUCAACUGAAAAAUGCAAAGGAAUCUUUUCUAAAAUCAUCAACAAAAACAUUAAUAAUGCUUGUGCCUUGUUUGCUACGGUCAACUGGUUAACAAACCUUAUGUUUCUGUAGCAUCUAAACUCCAACAAGGCCUGUGAUGAAUUUGCUUAUUUACUGAGAAAAUUCAGAAGAUUAGAGUUGUCUGAACAUCAAUAUUGAGCCCAGCAUCAAUGCUGUGUCCAACCGAAUCAUAUUUGGACAAAAUGACACAGUUUACCAAACAACUACAAGAACUUAGAAGAAAUUGUACAUCAACUAAGUUUGUUUCAAAUAAUGAACUCAUCCCAUUUUGUCAGGUGUCUUCCCCCAGGCCUUAAAAACAGCAAUUAUCAAACCACUGUUAAAAAAGAGUGAGAGCAGUUCACUGUAAAAGACCCCUCCUCGACAGACUGUGGUUGAGCUGGGCUCUCCUGGAAGAAGUUAGGGGGAAGGUCACAUGGCACCAAGAAAGCUCUAACUCUUGGUUCAAACGUGGACAAGUUUUAAAGAAAUAUUCCCACAUUACCCAGGCACAUUAUGGGCCUGAAGGGUUCCAAGGAAUCAUCUCCUCCCCAGGGAGAAACGUUUGAUUUUAUGGUGAAAAAAUAUGGCCCAAAUAGCACUGAGUCCAUUAAUGAAUUGGUUAAAUAAUUGAAUUUUUCCUGCAUGAGAUUCGUUUACAAGAAAGUUGUGGUCAUUUAUUUAAACCUGUAGUACCACUUUUCUGUACUUUUAUUUACUUUCCUUUAUCAUUCUAUUGCAAUGUACUUUUUAAAAUGUUUUUGUCAUCAUGUAAAGCACUUUGAAUUGUCUUGUUGCUGAAAUAUGCUA